UUUUUGUCAACAAAGCCAUUAUUGUGCUAAAUCAUAACUUAAAGAAGCCAUUUAUCAUCAAUGUUUCACCACAAAUGGCUCUCAAUCUUAUAAAAACUCAAAGGUCAUAGUAAAAAUGAUACCUGCUUAUAACCCAUCCAUUUCUUCGGUUGGUAUUCUUCCUAAUAACAAUGAUUAGCCUUAAGGAAUAAGCGCAUUUGAAAUUGUGGGGGAUCUGAUCCUUUCGAAUAUAUUGGCUAUUUUUAUCAUACCUUAUUCACUUCCAGAGGUGUUCUCUUCAUGUUAUAAAAUGCAACAAAAAAACUGUUGUCGAAGCUUGAAAUUUUAUGUUAUGGGCUAACUCCGAACACUUUUGGGUGAUUUUUGAAAUCUCUUGAAUUUCUGAUUAAAAUGCUUCCAUGAUUUCUGUAAAUUUGUACUGAGAAGUAAGAAUAUUUCAUGGGUCUGGACAACCCUGAGAGGUUAGAUUUUAGACAUCUACAAAGAGAAUUGUGGGUACUCAGCUAGAGAGUCUCUUUCUUUUUAACUAAAUUUGUCAAAUUUUGUUUAAAAAGUUUUCAGUAUUGCAUUUUUCCACUAAAUAGUGAAGGAGUCUUCUAUUUCUGAAUCAAUAAACUGGCAUUUGAUUGAAUCAUCCUAUUUUUGACAGAAUUCUUGCUGCUGAAUUAUUUAGGAACUUGUGCACACAGAAAAGAAAGUUAGUUCAAAUACUAAUGAAGACUUGAGGCCAAAACUAGCCGAGGCCCAUGAUUAAGGACGUUACCAGAUUCAUAAAUACAACCGGUUUUGAGUUAAUUUUUUACCAAAUUUUCGGAUAUGGCUUCGUAAAUAUUGCCUCAAGUCUGACUCUUAGUCUUCCUGAAAUUUUGGCUAUAUUUAAAUUUAAAGAAAAAUGAGGCUCUUAGUUUGAAGCAACUUGAGGUAAAAAUAGAGCUGAAAGAAAUAUGCAGCUCCACCACUGAGACAGCCUAACUGGACAAAGAAAUUCCUUCCUCAGAUGAAUUUCCAGAUAAGAAGCCAAUUCAUCGUUUGAGAUUUAUUGAAUAUUUUCACAUUUUGAACAACCGGUGAAACAAGAAAUUUUGAGUCUCAAGCAAUAUUCUCAGAAAAUAGAAACUUUAUCACAUUAUAUUUUGAAUGAGGAAGAAUAUAAUUCUUCAAGAGAAUAUAAAUCAGCUGAAAUAUCAAACAUAAGCAUCACUGGUAUGUCUAAAUACUCUUUGAGGGCAUCGUUGGGUAACUCUUAUUAUUACUCACAUCAAAAUAUGUAAGCAUUGAGACUGUCUCUGAUGAGCCAUUGUAAAACCUCCCAUCUUUGAGUACUAACACACCAAGGGUGAUAAUCUC